GCCAUUGCCGAGAGACAGACGAGUGAAAGAAAAAUCUGCCAUUUACUGUAACAUUUCCAUGGAUGUGAAAGAGGAGAAGUGUGAGGCUGACAUGAAUUUAAUGGAAGAAAGGACCACAAAUGUUGAGGAGGACUGCGAAUGGGAGAGUGUCCACCCUAAACAGGAGAGUCUGGGCAUUAAGGACGAGGACUGUGAACUGGGGUCAGUGAGUAUUAAAGAAGAGGCUGAAGAGAAAUCUGUCAGCACUGAGAUACACAACUACAGAAGUAUGGAGAGUGUCAAGGAAGAUAACCUUUAUUAUGGACAUCAAGAUGGAGCAGUGACUGGGUUAGUCUCUUCACAUAGCAGACACUCUUUAUCUGUAGAGUCUUCUACCAGUGUAAAAGGUGAAUCGUUACAGUCUGACACAAAGAGGACCGAAGAAAUUUCAUCUCCUAGAACUCUGGAACAUCAGCCACUACCUAAAAAUUCAUCUAAAACAAGAAUCAAACGUCACAGCUGUUCUGAAUGUGGGAAACAAUUUUCUGGCAUAAGUAAUCUUCGGAGCCACCAAAGAAUUCACACUGGGGAGAACUCACACAGUAAUUCUCUUCUGAUUCAAAUUAAAACUAACUCAGAAGUGAAGGCAUAUUGCUGUUCUGAAUGUGGCAAACAAUUUUCACGAAGAAACAACCUUUUUGACCAUAAAAGAAUUCACACAGGAGAGAAGCCGUAUUGCUGCCCUGAAUGUGGAAAACGAUUCUCUCACUGUAGUUCUCUUCAGAAACACAUUAAAUCUCACAAAGAAGUGAAGCUGUAUUGCUGUUCUGAAUGUGGCAAAAAGUUUUCACAAAGAUGCCAUCUUCAGAGCCACCAAAGAAUUCACACAGGGGAGAAACCAUAUUGCUGCCCAGAAUGUGGAAAACGAUUCUCUCACUGUAGUAAUCUUCAGAAGCACAUUAAAACUCACACAGGUGAGAAGCCAUAUUGUUGUUCUGAUUGUGGUAAAAGGUUUUCACAAAGAUGCCACCUUCACAGCCACCAAAGAACUCACACAGGAGAGAAGCCAUAUUACUGUUCUGAAUGUGGUAAACAAUUCUCGCACAGUAGUACUCUUCUGAUACACAUUAAAGCUCACUCAGGAGAGAAGCCAUAUGGCUGUUCUGAAUGUGGUAAACAGUUUUCACGAAGAAACAACCUUUUGAUUCACAAAAGAAUUCACACAGGGGAAAAGCCAUAUUGCUGCCCUGAAUGUGGAAAACAAUUCUCUCGGCUUUGUACUCUUCAGAUACACGUUAAAACUCACACAGGAGAGAAGCCAUAUUGCUGUUUGGAAUGUGGCAAACACUUUUCACAAAAAGGCCAUCUUCAUAGCCACCAAAGAAUUCACACAGGGGCAAAACCAUAUUGCUCUUCUGAAUGUGGCAAACAGUUUUCACAAAGCAACAACUUUUCGGAUGACAAAAGAAUUCACACAAAGAAGCCAUAUUACUGUUCUGAAUGUGGCAAACACUUUUCAAAAAGACAUACUCUUCAGAUCCACCAAAGAAUUCACACAGGGCAGAAGCCAUAUUGCUGCCCUGAAUGUGGAAAACAAUUCUCUCGCAGUAGUACUCUUCACAUUCACAUUAAAACUCACACUGGACAGAAGCCAUGUUGCUGCUCUGAAUGUGGUUAAACAUUUUAACCAAGAUGCCAUCUUUAUAGCCAACAAAGAAUUCACAUAGGGGAGAAGCCAUAACACUUUUCACACAGUAAUACUCUUUGGAGGCACAUUAAAACUCACUCAGGAGGAAGCCAUACUGCUGUUUGGAACGUGGCAAAUAGUUUUAAUAAAGAAAACACCUUUCACCUCACAAAGUAAUUUACAAAGGAGCGAAGCCAUGUUACUGUUCUGAUUAUGGCAUAGUUUUCAUUUGGAGACCAUCUUAAUUACCACAAAAGAUUUCACACAAGAGAGAAAUGUUUGGAUUAGUAAACGUACCAAGUAGCAUUCAUUAAUGGAAAAUUAAAAUCAACCUUUGUUAAAGAU